AUGGUGUACAAUUCGUUGACCGAGGCUCCUCACAACCUGAAGGAGGCUAUUGACUGGCUGAUGGCCCUGAGGGGGACUGAUGCUGAAAAGAGCUUGGCGGCUAUGGGUGACGCGCUUUACAAAUUCCUCGCAGACAAGCCUGUUGGAAAGAUGAAGGUGUCAGCUCUAGAGAAUGUUAAAAAGAUUUCUAAGAAGUUCAUGGGACAAAAGGCGCUUAAGGACCAGCCAUUCGUGAAAACACUGCUAGGGAGAUUCAAGAGGAAUACGAGUAAAACAGUUAGUUUAUUCCAUAGGUGGUUUGAAACCAUGGCGCAAAGCGAUUGUGAGAACGUAAUGGAGGUCAGAGGUGUCAAACCUGAAGACAUUACAGUGAACUUAGCUAAGGCUGUGGAUGGUUGUGAGAAGUUCUUGGAUGAUAUAAAAAUCCCUAACCAGUACAAGUCCGCUUACAGCUCAGGAGCCACUUGGAGUUCAUCGUGCGCAAGGAACCCGGAAGCUUGCGCAGUUGUCCUAGUGGGUAUUGCGCCAAUGUUGUACGCAGGCCUACGUUCCUUGAAGGAAACGAGCGCAGAAGCUGCGAACCGUAACUGGCUAGCUAGUUAUGCAGAGCUGAAAUUGGGAAAAGUGUUGACAGCCGUGGGGUACAAAGAGCCCCAAUGUCGCGCUAAAAUGAGUGGUUCAGAUGUUUUCAAAGCGCUGCAAAGUGUGAGUUUCGAAAUGUUGAACACGAUAUACGACCUCGCCGGAUUUUGGGCUUUCUAUGGGUUUGAUAAAGUAGGGGAUCUGAAAAUUAAGCAAUCUGUAGAACCUGAACGACCUGCAGAACCCGUAAGACCUGCAGACCCUGAAGGUCCCGUGGAACCUGUAGGACCCGGAAAACGUGAAAGACCGGAAAAACGUGGAAAAGGAUUUGAAGAUGAAAGAUUUGAAGGUGAAGAACCUGAAGAUUCUGUAGAACCGGUAGAGCCGGUGCAAUCUGCGGAAGGUGAAGAAGCGGAGCAGUCUGUGGAACCGGUAGAGCCAGUGCAAUCUGCGGAAGGUGAAGAAGCGGAGCAGUCUGUAGAACCCGUUGAACCUGUUAAAGAAGAAUAA